GGCUGAAGACAGGCAUUAGCGGCGCGAGGGGGGAUACGCUGGCCUCUUCGGUGUGUCCGAAAAAAUAAACCCACCGCCACAAUGUUACACGUGGUGAAGACUUGUGAAUGAUAAACCGGACGGAUUUAAUCGAACCACGCCUGCAUGCAGUAAUCAGGGUAUUUUUGAAGACAUCUCCGUUGGUGAUUUAUUGAUAAACAAAGCAGGUGUUUCCAGCUGCAUACUGACAUCAUACCUCCACAGUCAACAUGAGUGAAGGGCCCUCAGGAGACAUCGGUGGUGUGGAGCUGGAUGGAGGGAUUGAGACGGAGACCCCGAUGAACACACUUCACAGAUCAGCAGAUGGAGAGGGAACCAGCACUCGGAGGAAGAAGAAGAAGAAAAAGAAAGAGAUCAUCUACCGCUCCGACCUGGAGGAUGAGGAUGCUGGGGAGGGGACAUCGGCGGAUGUGGAUGGAGCCUGUAGUUCUCCAUUUGACGAAGAAGAAGAGGAAAUCCCCCCUGACAGCCGUUUCGUGACCCUAACCGGCACCAUCACGCGAGGAAAGCGGAAAGGCCAAAUGGUGGACAUCUAUAUGACCCUCACCGACAAAGAGCUGAGGGAUAUGGCUCGCUCCAAAGAGCGCCUGGAUGCCGAAUGUGAUGGGGUUGCAGAGGCCAAGCAAAAACCCUGCACUCUGGGGCUCAGCCAGGGCCCUCACGUCCUCCUCUGGAGCCUUUCCUGCUCCCCGUUCAUCUUCGUCCUCUCCUUCAUCACCUCAUUUUACUACGGUACCCUCACCUGGUACAACGUCUUUCUAGUUUACAACGAAGAGCGUAGCUUUCUGCACAAGAUCACAUUGUGUCCCUUGCUCAUUCUGUUAUACCCGGUGCUAAUCAUGGCGUUGUGUGUUUGUAUGGGGGUUUACGCUGCUGUUUCCCAGCUCUCCUGGGUGUUUGGAGAGUGGUGGCUGGCGGUGAGGGACCUGGAGAAGGGCUUCUGUGGGUGGAUGUGUGGAAAACUGGGGUUGGAGGACUGCGCCCCGUAUAACGUGGUUGAGCUGCUGGAUUCAGACACUCUAUCUGGGACCCUCCAGGGGAAGAGGAUGGAGGAUGUUGAGCAGACUUCUAAUUUAUGAGCUGAGAAUAUGGAAAAAUGGUGUAUUUUAGGUGAUGUCAAAAGGAUGGCACGUUGUUGAUUGGCAUAGAUAAUCUUUACUUGUCACUAAGAUGAUAUCUUUGAAUAUUUUUUUUGUUCAGGCUUUGUUGAGUGUGAAUCAGUUAUUUCACGCACUCCCCAAAAAUGGUUUUCCACUCUAAUUAAACAAAUGUUUAAAAUGUUCAGGAUAAAGCUAAUGGAGCUAUUCCCUGCAGGCACAGGACGUCAGCAUGACAUGAUGAUUGGAUUGGAUAUUGGAUAUUGACGUUGGAUUUUGUUUGGAAAUGAAAAUCUGGUUGACAUCAGAACCCAAUGUCAGGCUGACGUCAAUGUCCAACCUAAAAUCAAUCAAAUAUCACUGUCUAAUAUUGUUACACCUGGGCAUUACCACUAUGACAUCUAUCAGACGUUAGAUUUUGGUCACUUUCCAACACAACCUAAAAUCACCAAAAUAUCAACGUAAUUUCAUGUCAAAAUAACGCUGUCCUUUGGUGCUGGCUAGACACUGAAUUUUGGUCACCUGACAUCAUGACCUAUAUCUAACCUAAUAUUAACGUCUUAUGACGUUGUGUGCCUGCUGGGAUUCUUUACAGUAAGGUCAAUGUACCAUGCAAAGAAAAUUAGUCCUAAGUCUCACAUAGCCAGAUCUAAAUAGUCUCUGUGCUCAAAAUAUACUUUAGGGCUGCACAAUGUUGGAAAAAUCUGACAUUGUGAUUUUUAUUUACUUAUUUGCGAUACAUAUUGCAAUAUAUUUACAAUUUCACCAGAUGACUUGAAUAGCUCUAUUUGGAAAUAAUUUCUGAAUUUUAGAUUGAUUGGCAUGGUUCUGUAGGUGAACGAAUCAUGCAUGAAAUAAUAUAAACAAAUUACAAGCAUAGGUAAACGCAAUAGAACAAAUAUAAAAGUGAAAUAAACUGUGUUUUAUGGUUUUCAAGGCAAUCAAAUUGUAUUUAGGUACAGAAAUAAAACAAAAGCAUGUAAGAUAAAAUAACACUGCAAAGACUACUAAAUAGUUCAAUAAAAUUAUCUUCUAUUAACAUUAUAAAUGGUCAAAUUGUUUGUGCGGGAAUGCAUUAAACCAAAGGUGUCAAACUCCUGGAGGGCCUCAGCUCUGCACAGUUUAGUUCCAACCCUAAUUAAACACACUUGAUCAGACUAAUUGAGUCCUUUAGGCUUGUUUGAAUCCUACAGGUAAGUGUGUUGGAGCAGGGUUGGAACUAAACUGUGCAGGGCAGUGGCUCUCCAGGAUUUAAGUUUGACGCCCCUGCUUUAAACUCUUAAGAGUGAACUCUGCAGUAACUCCCCAAAUCUUGAGUAUUUUGAACUCUGGCAAUAUACUUUAAAUAUAAUAUAUAUAAAUCCUAAACUAUAUAAUCCUAACUCAACAUUAUAGAUCCUGUAAUGUGACUAUUGUGGAUGCACAUUGCGAUAUCGAUGCUGAAACGAUAUUGUGCAGCCUUAACAUACUUUAUAAUCAUACUAUUAUCAAAAUAUAACUUUUAAUGACUCUAAUUGAGCUGUCGGAAUGAUGCUGUCAAUUGCAAAUCUUGUGCAAACACAUCUAUAUGAUCAAAUGCUUACUUUACUACAGUUUACUUAUUUUGUUAUUGAGAGUAAAGAGCAUAUCACAUAUUUACAUACUCAUCUAAACGCCACUUGAACCUUAGUUAAAAGUAUACUGCUGUAAAGUUAGUUCCAACUUAUCUUUUUUCUAAUCAAAGAAUGAAACAACUUCACUAGUAUAUUGGCACGUUGAAGCAGAUUCUCAUACAUUGUAUAUGCAGUUCUUUUAAUGGCCACCACCAGUGUCGCUAAUAACAAGAGUUUCUGAGUUCUAGCCUCUUUAAGUUUACUUAUAAAGCCAUUAUAAAGAUCAAAUCAAAACUGUGUAAAUGUGUUCAAAACCACAGCCUUAUUCUCAGUCACUAUGAUGCAAUAAUGAUUUAUAUUUACAGUUCUGACAAUUGAUUUGCCUGGAAAUUUGAAACUCAUUUUAUUAGUGCAUGUCUACAAAGCAAAUAAGAUGCAACUUGCUUUGAAAAAAAUGCCUUAAAUGAUUUUAUUUACUAUCAGCUAUCAGUCAGAUCUGUUUUAAUAUACAGAAAAGUACCUUUUUUAAAUAUCUUUGGGUUUUAUUUAUCAACUACAGAUAUCCAUCAUGUACUUUUAAUGAAUGUUUUAUGUGUAGCAGUGACUUUAGUUGUAGAAACAUUCUUAAGAUCAAAUGAGGAUCUAUCCCUCAUGAACAGUAAUCAGAAAAAUGCUAUGCUUACCUUUGCCCUGCAUUACACAUGUCACACACAGCUCAUAAGAGGCUAUCAGGUCCUAUAUGUACUCAAGUUUCUGACGCAUAUGCUCACUUGAAAUAUCCACUAAACUGAAACCUUUUUAUUCUCUAACCUGACAACUUUUACACUUUGUGCUGUACAGUUUUAUUUAUUUUUUUAUAUUAUGUUCACAUCCAAGUGUGAAUAUGUCUCAGACCACUGGAUUGCUGUAUUUGUGUUUAAAUAAACAAUGUGGUGCUUUGUAUUUCCACAGGAGUAACAACAAAGGUGCUAUAAUAGGACACCGGCCAUUAAAAGCAACAGACUGUUUCACA